AUGCCACGGCCACACCCCCGCCCCCCUCAACAACAACAGCAGCAGCCGGAGCCUCCGCCCGUCCCUGCAGGGGAGUAUAUCCUCUAUCUCGCCGACCAAUAUACUUUUCAACGCACGACUCUUGACCCCAAGCGGGUCCCGCCGGCAUCAUAUGGAGGAACGGAGAACGUCACCCCCGCAGAGUCUUCAACAUCCUCUAUAGCACCAGCACAACCCACAACCCCCUCAGCGCCCCCACCACCAGCAACAACUCAUAUCGAGGUACCCAUCUUCAAACUCUGCUCCAUCACCCAGUUCUUGCAAGAGGAAAAAAAGCGCAAGAUGCAGCUUCUCACCAAGGCACUUGCCAAGGCAGAGGCGGACGCAGCUGCAGAGGCAAAGGCAUUGUCACAGUCGGAUAUCCCCUCUUCGGCCACUCCCAGAGCUGUCUCGACACGUCAGAAGCACAAAGCGAUUGUCAACAACCAACACGUCAGCGUCCAGACUGCCGUCCCAUCCUUUUUCUCGUCUUCAUCAACACACGCCAAGAAGGCAACAACCACUAAUACCACUGUCGGGAAGAUUGAGGGCUCAGUUGGAUCAGGUAGAAUGGGAGGAGGUUCCAGUGCGGCUCAGGAGGAGAAUUUAUCGGACGAGGUCUAUGAGAAGCGCCACCGGAAGCAGGAGAUGGCCGAGAAGAAGCUGAAGAAUCGGGAGAAGGAGAAACUACGCCAUGCCAUGUAUCAACAACAACUGGUGGUCGAGAAGCUGAGACACAUGGAGGUGAAUCGGCUGAUGCCGAUCAGCGCUUUCCGGUCUCUUCAAAAGACAGUGGAGCUGGAGGAACAGUUGAAGGAGGCGAGCGCCGGUCUGGACAACACUCAUCAUCACCACUCCAGCAACAACAUCUCUCUUGCGGCAGCAAAGAUUAUGCAGGAUGAAUACCAUCGGCGACUCCUUCAGGAAGCAGAGGAGAACCUGAGGCGCUAUGAGCAACUGGGUCUGGCGGACUCUGCCAAUAUCUCCUCUGCACCAGCAUACUCGCCCUUUAGCCGCACCAAGAACAGACUGAUAUCAAUGACGACCAGAUCUGACGGACAGGAGCAGGCUCCUGUUUCUGGGUAUGCUGGCGUGUCAUCGGACAUGGACAGGUCGUCCUACCAUUCACAUUCUGACGGUUUGGUGGCAAACGAGGGGCGCCGGAAGAGACGCAAGGCGACAGAUGUCCAUUCGGACGACGCUCAAGAUUCGACCACCCCGCAGCGUCGCAGGAAGAAACUGUCUGCAUCCCCAGCUGGUGCCACCCCAAUUGCGCGCAAGAGUCAAACCAAGACCACUGUGCCGAUCGCGAAGCCCAUCGUCGUCGUGGAGCCACCCCGUCCACCCAAGCCGAUCACGACGUUUAUCAAGCCUGGAAGCAUCCUUGCGUCUGGAUCCCGCAAGAGCUACAGGGUCACAUUGGCGUUUGGUGAGAAGGUGCCGUCGUUGGAUCGGGUUGAUUUCGACCUUCCUAUGGAUGUUUUUGGUGACAUUAUCCGUGAGCGGUUUGGAGAUGCCGAGCCAGCGUUGCAGACGGUGAAGGGUUCAGGGCUCAUGAACAAAAACCAGUCAACCCGUCGUGCCACUCCAGGAGAGAUUGCCAAGGCUGUGUCUUCAAACGAUGGCGUCAAGAAUACACAGCUUGCGGCGUCCGAGUCUUCUUCUUCCACACCCCUACCCGAGUCACCACCACCCUCUGCUGCGUGA